CCUUGAAUAGGCCACUACCACCUACGAACCAUAUUAACAACAUGAAGUGUAUUGUGAUAUCCGUCCUCGUCUGUGUUGCGGCACUUGAAGCUAAGCCGCAACCCUACUUAGGACUCAACGGUCUGGGAAUGGCUGGUCUGGGAAGUGGUUAUGGGAACGGUAUGCUUGGAAUGGGAAUGCAAGGACUUGGAUUAGGUACGGGUGGACUGGGUGGCCUGGGAGGACUGGGCGGACUCGGUGGAAUAGGAACAAGCGGUUUGGGAUAUUCACAAGGCGGCGGUUAUGGAGGUAACCAAUUCAAUUCCGGUGCCGGCGGUUUAGCGAACCAGCUUAUGCACACUGGCGGAAUGGGAAACUUCCAUGAUGUCGGCCAGCAUCAUAGCAGCCUCAGUUCCAUCACCCAAGCCGAGAACACAGACAACCACAACAUCGGCGGAGGCCAAGUGUUCGACACAGGCGCCCUGUCUGGCACAGGCUUUAACCAGUUCGGGAACGGUGGCAGCCGUUAUGGAAACGGCUUCGGAAGCGGACAGCUAAUGAACUCGUUCAUCUAAUAUAUGUAUAUAUUAGAUUAAAUUAAUUGUAACAAAUAAAUUAGGAUAUAAAUUUCAA